GGUUACACAAAUUCAUUUGUACUUUACAAUCUUGACGAGUUCUUGAAUUGUGAUAUCGUAAAUCAAUAAGGUCCUUUAGUCAAUCUUUGCAGGAAUACAAAGGAGGAAGAUAUUUACUAGCUUAUGUUCCAGCUUGGUGUACUAGCUUUCCAGAAUAGCAUUGACAUGACGGCUCUACGAGUCAUUGUGUCAUUCUUCCUCAUCAAAGACAUAAAGAGCUUAAUAUACCCUGAGUAUUCGUUCUUCGCCCAUUUUAGGGCAGAUGAAAAACCUACAAUGCACACUUUACUUCCAAUUAUUAAAGGGUCAUAUCUGCCACAUAACCCUUCUAGUAUUUCAAAGAAAAAGAGGCGGUUAUUUGUUGACGAAAAUUUGAGAUCGGAAUACAAUGCAGAUUGUGAGAAAGAUGGUUUAGAGCUUGUUAGGAUAUUAAUCAGUCAGUGGCCAUGUGCAGAACCGUCUGUCGAAGGGUUUGAGACAACAUGCCUGGAUACCGCGCAGGCUUUGAAAGCCCUUCUUCCCGAAUGGCAGCGUAUGUAUCAGAAUAUGCAAUUAUGCGAUCAUGUUAGAAAGGUCCAAAAUAUCUUGAACUACUACUUCAAGGGAAAAAAUGAUGUGCUAGAGUCACCUAUGCUUGCUGAUUGCCGCCCAGUGGACCUUUUGGGACCACGAGUGAGAAGUUAUUAUUCCCACCCACGACUCGGAGAAGAGCUGGUGGGAAAGAAAGCACUCAAUUUAGCCGACAUUAUAGAAUUAACAGCAGAUAAUGAAAACCAUGAGAACCAGCCAAGGGAGGAGAAAAAUUUAGGGAGGGAUCCCAUUACACCUGAUACAUAA